AUGAAACACGUCACAUAGCUCUUUUAUGUAACAUGAAAACCAACCUACCUUUUAUGACGUCAUAAAUGUCACCUUAGACUCCUGCGUAACUUCUCUAUGACGUCAUAAUCAUAUUUACAGUUGAGAAAAUUUGGAAGACAAGUGAUCACACGCGUUUUUGCGUUCCUCUAACUUGACAUUGUUUCUCGAUUGAUUUUUCGACUUCGUUUAGAAUCAACAUGUUCGGUUUGAUUAUGAUCAAUGCUGGAUUGUUGCUGCAGGUUGUAGACAAGCUCUACGGCUAUCUGAAGAGUGUUUCAGGCCUCAACAACGUUAGCGAAACUCCAUCCGCGAAAGUGGAGAAGGAAGACCUUGACGGCCCGACCCACAACGGCCCAAACAUCACAGCGGGAGCAAGCGCCUCUGCACCCGUACCUGGACAGCCCAACAAAACUACCGAGAAGGAGGAAAGUUUUUGCUGGGUUGAACCCGGAUUUUUUAUGCCGAAGAUGGAGGUCACAAAUACGGAGGACGCUAGCGAGGUAAGCGAGACCCCUAGCGAUUUGGAUGGACAAGACAGCCCGGGGGAGGCGCCACAGGCAACCAGUGAGGGCGGGGCGACCAGCAGUGCUGUGGUACCUUUUGUACCGCAAGCCCGUCCCGCCAGACUGACGCGUCGCCAGCUGCUGUUGGCCAAAUGGCAAGUGUGCCCCGUCCUCAUGUUGGACCAUGUUCCCGGAACCAACAGGUACUACGUACGACCUAUAACGGACGGCAGUCAAGAAGCAAGUGGUGAAGAAGCAAGGAAUCUCCUCAGGGACAUGAUAAUCGCUAGACGGGCAUGGGCCGCCGGUGGACUGUAUACGUAGAUUCAGACAGCUGUGACUAAACAAUAAUGUUUGGACUUUAGAUUCAGAAAGAUAAAGUUAUACAAUGCAUCAGUAUUCAGCUCCAAGGGGGAUCUAGAGUGCUGAAUUACAUGUUUUGUACAUUAAAAAGUACAUUGACAAAUCGGGCUUACUUAAUAAUGGGCUAAAAUCACAUAUCAACAUGUAUGUAUAUAUAUAUACAUAUACGAACAGUUAAAAUAUUCUGGUUUACCGUUAAAAUAUGCUAUUCAGGAGCUGUACAAGGUAAGGGAGUGGGAUUGUAGAGUAUUGUACAGUGCGGGCUGG